GAGUGUUGGCCGGUGGGUGGCCGUCAACGGAUCCGCGGGGUCGGCGGGGCUGAUGUGCGGGGUCGGGGCUGAUAUCCACGGGUGAGGGUGCAGCACGGGUCAAGGGCGGGCUGCUAGCGUUUACGGGUGAAGGUCGACUAGCGCGAACGCGUGAACGCGCCAAGGAGGAGUGCCUCGUCCAGUAGGCCCGGUGAUAUGGCAGGAGGGCCUAUAUUACGAGGAGCGAAGGUUGGUGAUAUGCGUGUGGACUGGGCGAUGCGAGAGAAGUGAUCUAGCGAGAUGGGAGGUGCACCUAAUCCGUAUGAAGGACGGGCUGCCACCGGUACCGGAGGGGGCAGCGUGGACGUGGAGCGUGGUAGGUGUUUGGUGAGCCCUGCUCAGGUUCCUCGACGCGUUCAGAAGGUUUACACAACGCGUUCGCACGGGGCCGAAACUGCAGAUCGUGGUUUGCGACGAGGAGUGCGAUCUCUUCUACGUCGAUGGAGAGAGCGGUCCUGUCGAGAGAGGGUUUGGAGCCGCGCUGAAGAGUGCGCGACCGGUGAUGGAGGAUGCGAGGCCAGUAAUGGAGGACGCGACGCCGUCGAUGAAGUGGUGCUCGUCGGUGCUGGAAGCAAAAUAACUGACCGUCGGGGACGUGUGAGCGUGCCACGCUGCGCAAUGACAAUCGCGGAGAGAGAGCGGUCGACCGCUGCAGUAAGCACCUCAUGUCGUUCGGUGCCUAUGACUGGGAGAAGCGCGGAGGAUUGAGCUGGCAGAAGCCGUCGGGGGCCCGAUGGGGUCAUAUGAAGAAGUUAGGUGGUCCUGAAGAAGUUAAGUGGUCUGUGAAGAAGCCAUCAGGGCACCGAGGGCCCAGCGACGGGGUCCUAUAGCGAAGCUGCGGUC